UCACACACUCUCAGGACUCUGUUGAAAGUGCGCUGCUAUGUCCUUGAAAAGGCCCAGAACGUCAGUUUCGCCGACUGUGUCGCCCUCGUCGUCGCCAGAGCCAGAGCCGGCGCCCAAAGCUUUGCAUACUGCCGGUGCUAGUCAUCCGCUACUCUGCACGCUGCCGCCGACAUGUAAUCAUAAUCCUACCUCUAUCGCUAAUUCGAAAGACCUGGAGACUCAUUACGCGACGUACCAUGCACAUGUAUGUGAAGAGAAAGCCUGUUCCUGCGUGUUUCCCGAGGCAAGGCUCCUCGAACUGCACCAAACAGAAUGCCAUGACCCAUUAGCAGCUAUUCGUAAAGAUCGGGGAGAUAAGAUUUUUGCUUGCCACCUCACGACGUGUCCCAAGCUAUUUCUGACACCCAAAGCACGACGACUACAUCUAAUAAACGCGCAUGGCUAUCCAAAAGAAUAUUUCUUUGCUGUCACCAAUAAGGGUGUCGGAGGUUUGUUGAAGAAAUGGGGUGAAGGCGCGAGUAUGAUACGCGGCGAAUGGAAGAAAAGAGAGGGAGAUGGUGAGGACGACGACGACGACGCCGAAUCAGAUGCUGGAACUGCCGAAGAGAAUGAAACUGAGGAGCCUAACCAAGAUUUACAUGCGGAGGAGAAAAGCGAAGAUCUGGACGCGCUAGCAGAUUCGAUGACUUCUCUUUCUCUGGUGCCGAACUCGAUACGGUUCGGUCGCGGUGGAAAAGGAGGGGGGCUCCUUCAUACGCAGAGUGCCGGCUCAGACUUGACCGACGGCCAGACCCGAAUCCGAGGUAGAGGCGGCAGGAGGGGAAAACGCGCAAUGGCACGUUACGCGCCUGGUGGUGGGCAAGAAGAUGGGGCUAAUAUGGAUGUCGACUUAACGACUAGCGGACCUGCAAGUCGACACCGAGGCUUCCCUAGAGGAAUUAAUCGUGGCUUCGUUCCUCGUGCACGCGCUCGAGGUGCCGUACCGGUCCACGCUGUACCAAGAGGUGGACCAGGCAUUAUUGUGAGGGGCAGAGGAGGAGGCUCAGGCUUUGUUUGAUACCCGGUGUACAGUGACUCGUCCUAUCUAUUCAUGACCUUGCGAGCCGACAAAUCUGUCUGUAAUACAUCAAAAUUCAAACGUUGAAGCCGG